CAACACCAGAGACCACGUCAAAUCUUUAACAUCACUCCACUCUUAACACCGCGAAAGGUUCGAACCCUCACUCCCUUACGAUGUCGGAUGUCGACGUGAGAAUACAAGGCAUAGAAGAGACACUCAGGGAGCUCCUGGAACUAGUGGACGAGUAUGAAUCAUCCGGCAAGCACCCGUCCGCCGAAGCGCGCAAGUGAAGCCAAUCGCCCUGGAAGUCGAUCCGCUCUAUAGUUGAUAAGCUGGCGCAAGAUUUUCAGUAUGUCAAAGAAACGGUCGAAGGCUCGGGUAUGAAAACCGGACACGAUCGAAGCACGGGAGCUGAUGACCAAAACGCCACUCUGGAAGAUCCAUUACAGAUGUUAGACGGACCAAUCCAUUGGGUAGCACGCAGUAUGCACAUGGCCCUGCAGUGGUUCGCGAUGCAGCACCUUGAAUAUGAAUACUUUUGGAACUGGGAGACGGACCUUCGAUAUCUUCCCUGGAAAUAUUGAGAGUGAGAAUUCUGCCAGCGAGAAUAAUUGUGUUCUGGAUAUUCCGCUCGCCUUGAUGACUCGCCUAUCGGAAAGCACUGUCUAAGCUGCACAGAGUCCUCGAUGCCCAUCUACUCCCGGUUGCGUCUUCGCCAACUUUGGCGGGCGACCGCGCUUGCCGUUUGUCUUUUGACGAGUGUCCGUCUGUUCUCCAUCCCCCUCCCCGGCUUCGUCGCUCCCUUCGUCAAUGUUCAGGACACGUCCGGUUGGUUGUCUCGCUCGUAACGAGUGUCGUUGGGUCGGCGGAGUUGACGCGUCGAAGGUGAUCGGACGCGUUGGGGUGGUCGGGUCCGCGUUCAAAUAGGUUGCAGUGUUUUCGAAAGCCUUUUGGGAGUGUGAAUGGUCGCGUGAGCCUUCCUGGCCCGUGCUGAUGGCUUCUGCUGUUGCCAUCUUCUCUCGCAUCAUAAGUUACGAGUUCUUUGUUUCCACCAAUCACUGCGGCUUACACCGAAUGUCACCCCAGGCGUCAUGCAGGACGAAUUCCCGCUUGUUCCGUUACUACGUAAUAAGCUUUCAAUGGACCGAACUCCCUUACAUGUCAUCUUCUGGUGGCUAAUCGGCAGCAGACCAAGGAGCAAUAGGACCUUUGAAGCAAGACUUCUCUUGACAACGCACAACCUUUUACAGGGCAAGAACAAUUGAAAUAUGCCUCAGAGUCGGAGCAAGUAUGUUCCCGACGAGCGCCGCCAACAUCUCGAGCAGAAUGGUCUUCGACUCAAUUUCAGUUCCGUAGCAGGCUCGAUUCCUGGGUUCAACGCAACACAUGCACGCUUCGAUAAGAUCGAAAACAAAUCGGAGGAUGAAGAGUCGAAUCGCGAUAGCCACGUGCAAUAUCACUGGCGCUCACGCGACAACCGCAAAGGCCGUCACCCUCUCAUAGUCCCACCAAACCAUCCGCUAGCCCAGAACAAAUUCCAUAAAUCCCUCACAGGCGUCAAGCGAAUGUUCACUGAGUUUCCGUAUUGGGACAUCUCCUUCUGGGUCGCUUUUCUCUUCACUGUUGGCUGUUUCAUCUUUAUCAUAGCCAGCUUGUUCUACUGGCUCCCCCUAGCAUACCCAAGUACGGAGUUUCGCAAAGAAACUACUAUCGGAGGAGGCGUGUUGUUUUUCGUUGGUGCAACACUGUUCCAGGUAGGGGCCGUAUUUCUGAUUUUCGAAGCGGUCAACGAAAACCAGAAGGGCUGUUUUGGCUGGGCAGUGCGGGAACUUUUCUGCGAAGUCGACCCCUCGAGCUGUACGCAUCACCAUCAGAGAAAUGACAAGAGCGCGGGCCCACUGCUCCGGCGCAGGUGGCGGUGGUGGCCAAGCUGGCAUGAGUUCCGCACCCACUACAUCCGUGAGAUUGGACUCGUCGCCAAUAUCUCGCUUGCUAUCGGAGCAACUGUCUUCUAUGUUUCUGGCAUCCUGGAUCUUUCUGGGAUCUACGGCCACCUGAGUCAAGGGGUGCUCUGGGGCGUGUACUGGUUGUCAUAUCUGGUUGGCAGUGUCCUCUUUGUAUUCUCAGGAAUCCUAUUACUGCUCGAGACGCAGGAGAAAUGGUACAAGCCAGCACCCCAUGUAAUAGGCUGGCAUGCUGGAUUGUGGAACCUUAUUGGCGCGGUGGAAUGGAUACUGUCGGCUUCGUUUGGUUACUGCUCGGCAAGUUGGUGUGAAUAUCAGGGUGACUUAACGUUGUAGUGGGCAUCGGCCGCGUACACGAUUGGAAGUGCAAUACUGUGGUAUGAAGCGCUCGACAAGUAGCCAGUUUAUACAAAGAAGACCUGAGGUAGGGGAGCGAAGCUGUAUAUACUGCCCACACCAAGAGAAAUUGGCCAAAAGCAUGGCACAAGCCGGUUUUUGAUGCGGUAAACAAAUAGUGGGAGGAUCACUACCACGGGCCGCCAAUUGCCACCACCACCAUGCCUGGACUAGUUGACCAGUUUCGGCCCUCAGAUGAGUAUGACUUACUCGCACAAGAGCUUGAUGUCGUUGAUCCUGAGGUGAACGCACUCGACGAGCACAAACCCUGUACCACUUAAACCUCCUAUUGCCGCCUCGAGGUCCUGAGUCCAUUCCUAAAAAAAAGCUGGGCAGGACUUUUUAAGUGGGAAGAAUUUCUUCAGGCCCGGCUUCGAAUAGUCUUGUACCUCUCUGAGGGCUGGCAGCUGCCGACGGCGAGCGUUGAUAAACCAGUUGUUAAUCUCACGAGACUGUCAAGACAAUGACCGUGCAAGAGUGGGAAUGUUGGCAACUCACCUGAAUGACCGUCAGACCUGUCCGCUGAAUGAAAUCUUGCUUCUGCUCAUCACUGUGAUAGGGAUGAUCCAAGUGCUCUUGCAGCCAUAGGCCAAGAAUGUCGGUGAUGGGCGUCGGAAAGUUGCCUCGGCAUCGUCGACCAUUGCCGUGGGUCCGAUAGCCCAUGAUCGGGUAGGACAACAGUUGACUGUACUUCGUAAGGUAUGGAGAGGUAUCCAGGGAUCGAUGUCGCCUGUCGUAUCCCAGCGGACUCCGAUCUUGAUCGUAAGGCUGAGGGUAUCUGCUGAAGUCCACAGGCUGAUUGUACGAUCCGUCUGACAUGUGGUAUGGGUUGUACCGGGGAGCCGCGUGAACUUCUGGCGUCCUCCAUCGUGAGUAUGUGCCCGGGCUGUCAUGGGCCCGUCGGCUCACGAAGUAGGUUGAUGAGUAGAUGCGCUCUUGAGUGUCGGAGGGGACCAUGGACUGGCUGAUGGCGUAGGGUUGGGGUUGAGUUGGGAGAGUUGGUCCAGCACUCAUCGGAACAGGAUCGGCAUAUGUGGACGAUGUAGACCAAGGUGAGCCGUAUUCCGCCGGGGUUUGCAGUGGGAGAGGGUAGAAGUCCAUUCAUCUUCAUUUGGCUUGUUGGGUAGGUGGGAUACGCCAUGGGGCUGAAGUGCGGUUACACCGGAGUUGGGAUGCUAGCCACAUUCAUGCUCGUGGUGGAUUGAGGGCUGAAAUAUGGCACCGCUUCCGGCCUCGAGUGGGAUGGCACCUCUUGAGUGUGGGUCUCGAGAGUGUGCCCGCGUGGAGGAGGGAUGGCCUGGUUAUCAUGUCAGUAAGAGCUCGACGUUACUCGUCGUCGGGACAACAUACCUCCCGAACAGAUGGCAGUUGUUGCUCAGCCUGAGGGAUCUCGAGCCUAGGUUGGCCGUGCGAGGCAUAAGGCCUGUCCGCUGUUUGGUUGUAGUGGUCCAUGUUUGGAAGGAUGACUUUGAUAGAAAAUGAGAGUAAAAGUAAUGGUUGAGCUUGAUGAAUGGGAUCCAAGCAGGGCAGGCUCGAGGCUAGAUAUUCACUUGAGAUAGGAUCGAAUCCGCACCUUCCAAGUGUCUCCUCGAUCCUUGCGAGACUGAUGUCUGCCAAUCACCGGCUGUCGGUGGGGGAGACGCCCAGUUCAGUUGUCCAGCUGCAGGAGAACUAUGGCACAGGAGUCUUCAGCGCGGUUGACAAUGCAUUCACAGUACCAAAAGACGAC